AUGAAACGGUCGCCACCACGCGAUGACGCGGCGGCGGCGGGCAGCAGCGGAGGAGGAGGGUUCAACAAGGGGAAGGGGAGGUGGGGCGGGAAGAAGCGGAACGAGCAGCGGCUGGGAGGCAGCGGCGGGGCGCUCUCCCUCGCGGCCUUCGCCAACGCCAAGUCCAGGACCACCGGCUACAACCCGGCACUCAUCAAGAAGCAGAAGGAGUUCUACAGGAAUGCUAAAUUGAUUAGCAAGUACAAGAAGUCGAAGAAGCACCAAAAUCAGUCAAACUAUCCUCCACAAUUUCCAACCCUUGAGGAAGGAGGUGCUGAUGCAUCGGAUGUGCCAAAACCACAUGAUAAGAGGAAGAAGCGCACUUCACAAAGCUUGAAUGUGGAGUACGAGAAGAAACGUGUAGAGGACGAGAAGGCAAAGAAGGAGCGGGAUGCGAUGAUACAGGCCAAGAAGGAGGAGCGAGAGAAGUCUGAAGCAAAGAGAAAGGAGCUUAGGGAGAAGAUGUUCAAGAGGACACGAUCCGGGCAGCCUGUGAUGAAAUACAGGAUUGAGCAUCUCUUGGAGACUGCACUAGAAAGCUCAAACAAGAGCCAAGGCUAG